AUGGUCAGUGGGACAGUACACGAUGAAGGUGCCACAACACUUCCAUCGGGUACUGGCCUGCUGGCCCGUCCUGGUAGAAAUGGAUUUGGACGUAUUCGCCAUCUGGCCGAUAUGGAGUUGAUUUCGACUACAAGGUUGGGUGUCAUUGAAAAAGUGCGCAUUCUCUUCGANCCACUCGGCCGUACAAUGGAGGAGUGGAUUCCCUUGGAGCAAAUAGAAACAGCGGAAGGAGAUGAAAGUUGGACGUAUUCACCAUCUGGCCGAUAUGGAGUUGAUUUCGACUACAAGGAGAUACCCCAACUUGAAGAUGAACCAGACACACACCACUUCCUCUUCCGGUUUUUCGUACUAGAUAUUCUCGAAAAGACCUGGUGUCCCUAUACUGGGAACACUGGACCGUUUAAGCGGUUUUACUCGUUUUAUUGGCUGUCGGAUGAGUUCGGUGUCUUGCUCGACUUUUCCAAGCGUGAGGGUUCCGUGAGGCAGAAUCUGCUGUAUUUUGAACACGACAAGAAGUAUAGCAAGGAAUAUAUCGAGGAAAUCGAGCUCCAUGUCGGCUCUGUAGAAAGUAAGGACUCAAUUACGAAAUAUUUCAGAAAUAUCGAUUUCGAUGUCGACUACAUGUGCUACAGCAAGGAUUUCACUGCACAGAAGUUCGUCAUUCCUGAAGGAGAAUUCCUGGUGUUAUGCGGUUAUAGAAGCUCGGAGGAUGGGAUGCUGUGCCGACUCAUUCCUUAUUAUCUUUAUGAUGAUACACCUUUCUACAUAAAGGAGUUCAUCAUUGAUACUCGACGAUUAGUACUCUGUCUUACGGGAGGUGUGUUCUGA